CCUGUCACAAGCGCAGCAGCUGUGUGUCUAGAGCCAGCGCUGAUCUGUGGCGCGACGUGGAUCAUCUCCGCACCGCAUUAGAGGUGGAGCGCAGUCGUAACAAGCAGGCACACCGUCGCUUCUCCCUGGAGCUCCGGAGGCAGCGGGAGGAGGCACGAGAGGAGCGGGAGCAUGCGCUGAGGGCACUGACAUACAGACACGAGCAGCAGAGGGCGCUGGAGCUGCUGCAGCAAAGGGAGACGCUGGGCCGAGAGCGCACGGCAGAGGUUCGGCGUCUGCUUCGCUGGAAGGGUCAGGAGAGGCAACGUGUCGAGAGCGCCACGCUCAAACAGACCCAAGAGCUUCAUCGUCAAUUAGCAGAGGAGAUUACUGGGAUCCGUAAACCGGGGAUCAGAGACAAACCGGGUAGUCGCGGGGUGUCCGCGAGCGAACCUGGAUGUAAAGGUAGCGGCGCAGCGUACCGUAAACUCGAGGAACUCUUAAAGUCGCUACUUGCGCAGGCCGAUGGCGAGGAGGUCACUUUGCUUCAACGCCUCCAACAGGAGGUGGACCUAGAGAAGAGCUACUUCUUGUGUCACCUGCUGCAAGUCCACAGCUUCCAUUCCCAGAUGGAAAACAAAGGGUGCAUUGUAAAUCGGACCAGGCCGAGGUCAAAGAGUUGCGUGCAACUGCUGAGCGGUGACAUCUCGCAAGGCCAAGAUCACCCGGAAUCUUCUAGGACAGGAAAGCUUGCUCUGUUUCGCUCUUGCUCACCCCAAAGCGUCGCUCCACUCCCUAUGAAGAAGAAAAAGAAGGAGCAGGACUUUGAAACGCCUCCUCUCAGCUCCUCUCCAGAGGAGGAAGAGUCAUCCAAGGGAGUUCUCUCAGGAGACUUUUCUCAACCUUGCUCACCUGACAAGUGGGACCCUCAACAUUCUAGCUGGUCGGCGACCACAUCUCCAGAGAAGUGCUCAACGUCCAGAUGUCCAGAGGACAAGAUGGAGGAUCUGAAUGGCAGGGAUUACGGGCUCCUGGUGCGGCAGAACUCUGAGCUGCUACGAGCGCUGGAGGAGACGGAGAAAUCAUGUGCCGCUCUCCGAGAGGAGAACAGGAUACUUCGGAAGAGCAGUUCUCCAGAAACAGAGGAGAAAGUGAAGAGACUGAGGAAGAAGAACACGGAACUCGCCGUCAUCGCCAAACGACUGGAAGAGAGAGCGCGGAAACUUCAGGAAGCCAACCUGAAAGUGGUAAAUUCCCCCAUGCCCAUUAAAGCGGGCACUGUGGAGCAGUACAAGCGAGCGUUUGCCCGUCAGAGAGCGAGAGAUCUGGCGCAGCACGCAGACACGCUCCUGUCUAAAGACAAAGAGAUCGCAUCGCUGCAGCACGAGUGCAGACAACAUGAAUCACGCCUGGGACAGGGGAAGGGUCCUGUGGGAGUGAGUGAGUUUGAGCGUCUGUUGAAGGAGUCACAGAAGGAAGUGUUGCGUCUGCAGAGACAGCUGUCUGUCACCUCCAUCAGAGAUCAGAGCAGUGCGACAGCAGAGACCCCUGCAGACAGAGAGACAGACAGACAGACGAGGGUUGCAUUUGAAGCCCCACCCACAGUAGUAGAUGAGGACUCUGUUAAGGGGGAGGAGACUCCUGGAGAGGGGGUGGAGUCAGAAACGCAAGUGAAGCCCGAUCAGGGCACAAGCCACGCCCACGAGGUAGAGCAGACCACGGAAAAACGUCUUCAUUUGCUGGAAAGUGAGCUGGGUAAGAAGAGGAAAGAAUGUGAAUCUCUUGAGCAUGAAGUGAGAAAGAGACAGAAACGAUGUCUCGAUUUGGAGAGUCAGCUAGUGGAGGAGCGCAGCAGAAAUGAGCGUUUAGCGGAGGAGGCAGAACUCCUCAGGAGGAGAGCUCAGCUGCUUCAACAGUCCCAGAUCGAAAAUGAUGAGCUAAAGGAACAGCUCUCAGAUUUGAGCGCUCAGCAUAGUUCAGUUCUGGAGGAGAACCAGCGACUGCGAGCAAAGCUGGAGAACCUAGAGCAGGUCCUGAAGCACAUGCGAGAGGUGGCCGAGCGAAGGCAGCAGCUGGAACUGGAGCAUGAACAGGCGCUGGCGAUCCUCAAAUUCAAACAAGAUGAGAUCAAACGACUGCAGCGGGCUCAGUUAUUUGCUAAGAGAGAACAUGAAGGUGUCGUACAAAUGCUGGAGGAUCUGGUGCAGCUUGUAUUGCACAGAGAGCUGGCAAAGGUUCGGGACCUUGAGGACAAAUGCCGCAGUCAGAGCGAGCAGUUCGGUUUGCUCUCACAGGAACUGGAUAAGUUCCGGGUUCAGGCGUCGAAAAUUGACCUGUCGGGAGCCGAACUGCUGUCCGUCCCUAGUCUGACCCAACUGACCAAUGGCUUGCCCGGUGUGACUGCCACAGAUGCCUCUUUGGAAGAGAUCACGUUUUGGAGUUUGGAGGAUGUUGCUGCGGUGUUGCGUUCAGGCUCGACUCCUCAUGCAGCCGAACUCUCUCGUCCUGAGCACAUGCCGACCACCAAACACCGAGAGCUGCCUGCCAUCAGUGUGAAGUCUGGCUCCUCCUCCAGCCCCACACCACCCAGAUCUGAGACCAUACACCUGUCCCCCAAAUCUGCAGGCUCUCAACCGACCAGCCCCCGAAAGGCCAGCCCUACUCAUGAUGUGGACACAGCUAGUGAAGUUGAAGAACUGGAUAUUGAUGUGUCUCCAGCACCGUAUGUGAGCAAAGGAGCCGCUAAACUCCAGGUGUUCAUCGCACGUUACAGCUACAACCCUUAUGAUGGCCCUAAUGAUAAUCCAGAGGUGGAGUUACCGCUCACAGCAGGAGAGUAUAUUUACGUCUAUGGAGACAUGGAUGAUGACGGCUUCUAUGAGGGUGAACUGAUGGAUGGGCGGAGAGGACUUGUUCCCUCCAACUUUGUGGAGCGUGUGUCGGACGAUGACUUCAUGAGCAUCCAACUUCAUCAGACUGGCGAUAUUUCCCAUAAUUCCUUCCAGGAGAGCAGUUUUCACAGCGGUAGUGAGCGGUUACACCAACACCACCACCUGCGUUUCGCCCACAGCUCUUCUGAGCGGACUGAGACCUCCACGACAGCAUCAGCUCCAGGUGACAACAGCAAAGCUAACACCUCCACUCCUGCGCUGAACGCCCCUCUCACCAAUGGCUUGGAUCUGGAUCUAGAGGAAGUGGGGGUGGACACCGUGCCUUACCCCCGCAAGCUUACGCUAAUCAAACAGCUCACCAAGAGUAUCAUCAUCGGCUGGGAGGCGCCGCUUGUACCGCCGGGCUGGGGUUCCGUGUUUAGCUAUAAUGUCUACGUUGACCACGAGUUGCGAGUCAACGUGCCAUUUGGAACACAAACUAAGGCCGUUUUGGAGAGGCUGGACUUGGCGCAGAAGUCUUAUCGGAUAGCGGUGCAGAGCUUGACGGAGCGUGGGAACUCAGAUCAGUUACGUUGCAGUAUACUUGUUGGCCAAAAUGUGUGUGUGGCGCCGACGCAACUGCGCGUUGAACGCGUAACUGCUACCUCGGCCAGCCUGACCUGGCUGCCUAGCAACAGUAACUAUGUGCACAUUGUGUCUUUGAACGACGAGGAGUGCGAGCUGGUAAAGGCGGGAUGCUAUUCACUGUGCCUCAGUAACCUCACACCUAACCUGCAUUACCGCAUUAAAGUAGAGGCCCGGCCGCACCGCACAGCCUGGGAGCUACCACCAGAGUGCCGAGAUCGCAAAACCGCCGUGACCUCUUUCACGACCCUUACUGCAGGUCCUCCUGACGCACCGUUGGACGUGCAGUUGGAGCAGGGCCCGUCUCCAGGAAUCGCUCAGAUCAGCUGGCUGCCCGUUACCAUAGAUGCUGCCGGGACAUCCAAUGGAGUCCGAGUCACUGGCUACACCAUCUACGCUGACAAGAAGAAGGUAUUAGAGGUGUCAUCACCCACAGCAGGCAGCGCUCUGAUUGGUCCAUCUCAGAUCCAGACGUUACAGGAGGCCCUUGAGCUCACCGUACGCACCAUGUCAUCGUUCGGCGAGUCGGUGGAUUCUUUACCUGUGAAUGUUCCCGUAAAACUGCCUGCCAUCAUGUCCGGUGGCUCUCUGCCUCAGUGCCAGUCUGUGCCAGCUACCGCCAGUGUCCUUGUGGCUGGUGCCAACCCAGAGCCUGCUGUAUGUGCCACGUCUCUCUCUGCUGCCAAAACUCCUGACCUGCCGCAUGCUGCUGUAAUGGACGAGCACAUCACUGGUCCAGUGAGGGGAGUUUACAUCAACACACCAAAAGCGGUCGCUCGUGAUGCGCAUCUGCCUGCUGCGUCCUACAUAGAAGCCUGGGCAAACCCAGCGUCAGUUGCCCCACUCACGGUUGCCACGGCAGCGCAGGAAGCACUAUCACUGUCGGCUUCUCAUGCUAACUCAUCAGUAAGUGCAACUGUAGUCAUGCCAGUGCCCAUUGCCACACCAGCAUCCAUGGUUGUGCCCACUCCCUUGACCAUGCCAGCACCUAUGCCUAACCCAGCAUCCAUGGCAAUGCCUGUGUUCAUGGCUGCACAACCUCCCAUGGCAAUGUCAGUGCCCAUGCCCUCUACUGUUGUUGCAGCUGCAUCAGUGCCAGUGCACUCCAAUGUGGCCCUCAUGGCAAUGAACCCCUGUAAAGAGACAGACACUCCCGGUGCCCAGCGUCCUGUUGCCUCCCUCUCUGACUUUCUAGAGGACCCCCUUGCCAAACUUCACACACCACCACCCAGUCCCACCACACAUAAAGUCAACAUCCCUGGGAAGGACCCUCUCGAUGUGCCAGAUACGCAUCCACUGAGGCCCCUCAAUCCAUCACCCUUCGAGUCAGAGCCUGAGGAGGACAGAGAGAACACCAGGCUGGUGUCAAUAGAGGAGUUCCUGCGGCCUGUACCUCAACCACGAAUAAAGGUGUAUGCUAGUGGUCUUAUGGACCCUCCUCCAGACUACCAUGGAGAGAGCAGUCGAUCCGACCUGUCUGACAUCCUGGAGGAAGAGGAGGAAGACCUGUACUCUGAACCUAUCGUUGACAACCCCUCCAGAGGUUACAGUACAGCUCCAACAGGCAGGUCGGAAAUGUGGGAAACUGACAGCGAUGAAGAUAUUUUGGAAAGGAUUAUAAAGCUCCCCCCUCAGGCCUACCACAACAAGCAGCUAUUCAGCAUCCCAGAGGUCACAGAAGAAGAAGACAACACCGAAUCGGAGCCCCACACUAGACCAUCUCCAGGCCGGGCUGCAUCAGGCAAGGGCCGCUUACGUGGACAUGAGGUUCAUCAACAUUCCCCCAAUGAACCUAGAUCCGAAUUGCCUGUAGUGAGGUACAGAGGGACGGUUCCAGUCAGGACUCGACCUAGAGUGCAUUAUGCUGACAUGGUGGACACCAUUAACUAUCUUGAUGAAGAAGAUGUGGAGUUGGACUCGGAUAGUAAUCUGUACACCGGGCAUAGCACUGGGAGUCAAUGUGUCCGCCACACACCGCACAAAGGCCAUGGCGAUCAACCCAGGAGAGAGGCCCUACUACGUAACCAUGCCGGGGUUGCAGGGUCAUCAGGAGCAGGGCAGGGACCGUAUUUGAUUAGCAAGACCGUACGCCGCGUAAAGUCGCCCACUGGAACCUCAUCCGAGAUUGACGUAGAAUACGGUACCGAUGAGGAAACUCAGGUCUUUGAUCCUGGAGAGGUGGUGCUUGAGCAGAUGAGCGCGGAGUGGUGGGUGGAGGGCGGUAACCAUGACUACCACCACCUGCCCCUGACAAGCAGACCUCAACCAGAGCUGCCCACUAGCAACCGCUCAUGGGAGUUACCGGGCAGAGAAGCAUCACUGGCAGAUGCAGGUGCAGCGUGGAGCAGCUCAUGUGAUGUCACUCCUAAAUCGACACGCUCUGAAAUUAGACUGCCAAGAGAGUCCAGGGCACCUGGAGAAAAUGAGGUGAGGAUCUUUGUUGCUCUCUUCCCGUAUGACCCAGCUGUGAUGUCACCCAAUCCUGACGCUGCAGAAGAGGAACUUCCCUUUAAAGAAGGACAAAUUAUUAAGGUUUAUGGGGACAAAGAUGCAGAUGGUUUCUACCGUGGUGAGGCAGGAGGUCAUCAUGGUUACGUCCCGUGUAAUAUGGUUUCAGAGAUCCAGGUGGAUGAUGAGGAGACCAGAGACCAGCUCCUGGUGCAGGGCUUCCUGUCCACCGAGGCGUCGAUGGAAAAGAUAGUGGAGUCUGCAGUGGUGUGCGAGGACACGUCUGUCAUUGUUUCCUCCAGUCAAGAUCUCAGCCGCUCAGCCGCCCCCAUGGGAAGUCCUAGAGCGUGCAGGAUGGUGGCCGUCUUUGACUAUGACCCGAGAGAGAGUUCCCCGAAUGCAGACAUAGAGGCUGAGCUGACCUUCAGCGCGGGUGAUGUCAUCUAUGUGUUUGGCGACAUGGACGUUGAUGGAUUCUACUAUGGUGACCUUAAUGGACAGAAAGGUCUUGUGCCGUCCAACUUCCUGCAAGCUUUUCCCGAGACCGAGGAGGAAGCUGUAAGGACAGAACACACAGAGAGCCGCAGAGAUUCACAGGUGAGUCAGUGUGAAUCUGAUCCCAUCAGCUCCAUACAACUAGAAGCGGUUCCACCAGUCCAGACAGAACCAAACCCCGAUCCGAACCCUGACCCAGACUCUGAGCAAAAACCAAACCCAAGCACCUCUCCACCCGAGACCCCCACCUUCUCCGACAGCUCUCUGUCUCUGCCUGAGAAAAAGAAGAAAGGCUUCUUCUCCAAAGGCAGGAAGCUCUUCAGAAAGUUGGGCUCCAGUAAGAAGGACUAGAAGCAGCAUGAAGGAUCUGCAGAUUGCACUUUUACUUGUUAGUCGGGUUGAGUGUGUGUGUGUGUGUGUGUGUGUGUGUGUGUGUGUGUGCGCGUGUGCGUGCGUGCGCGGGUAUGUGAUAUGGUUUUAUGCUGGAGUGAUCAGAGAAUGAUCCUAAUUCUCCGAUUUUUGCCAUGAUGACACAGAACGUCCAAUGUGUGUCUGACUGUCCGUCCUAAAACACAAGCAAAUCAUUGAAAUACUCAACAUCGAUAUCUUAAUGCUUUUACUAUUUAACCCAGUUAAAGCUGUGACUAAUGCUUACGCCUGUUAAACAGCUUUGCAUUAUUAAAAUAAGAACAAUGACUGUCUUGUAAACAGAUAACCAAAAUAAAUAGAUUUUGCAUAUUUAUAGGUAAAUGACACCAGUCAUGCUAAGUUGGAUAAAAGCAUCUAGUGCUGAACAUCAUCCGCUAAUAUUCACAACCAUCUUUCCCCGAAAGGCAAAGCACACUUAUAUGGAGAGAUGUCCACUUUGUAAAUCUACUGGUAGAAUGAUUGGUUAGUCGUGUGAAUGUUUGUUCCUAGAAGUCGUGGAAAGUGAAAGAGAGUGACAAAUAUUUGUUUGCACUUCAAGUAGUGUCCAAGACUGCAGUACUGUGUCCCUCUCCUGAUUUAUUUUAGUGGUGUUAACUGGUUAAGGCGGGAGAAUGUGACGUUAAGACCGCCGCAACGUGAAGUUGUAGUUCAUCAGCUUUAAACGUAAAGGAAUAUUCCGGGUUCUAUAGAACUUAAGGUCUGUCGACAGCAUUUGUAGCAUAAUGGUGAUCAUCACCAAACAUUAUUUACACUCGUCCCUCGUUUACUUAAAAAAAGCAAAAACUGUGGUUACAUUAAGGCACUUGCAGUGAAUGGGGCCAGUCCAUAAGUGUUCAAAUUAGGGCUGUCAAUUGUUUAAAAUUUCCCCAAGUGAAGGAGUUCAAGUACCUCGGGGUCUUGUUCACGAGGGGACAAUGGAGCGGGAGGUUGGCCGGAGAAUCGGGGCAGCGGGGGCGGUACUGCACUCGCUCUAUCGCACCGUUGUCACGAAAAGAGAGCCGAGCUGGAAGGCAAAGCUCUCGAUCUACCGGUCAAUUUUCGUUCCUACCCUCACCUAUGGUCAUGAAGGCUGGGUCAUGACUGAAAGAACUAGGUCACGGGUACAAGCGGCCGAAAUGGGCUUCCUCAGAAGGGUGGCGGGCUUCUCCCUUAGAGAUAGGGUGAGGAGCUCAGUCAUCCUUGAGGAGCUCGGAGUAGAGCCGCUGCUCCUUUGCAUCGAAAGGAGUCAGUUGAGGUGGUUUGGGCAUCUGGUAAGGAUGCCCCCUGGCUGCCUCCCUAGGGAGGUGUUUCAGGCACGUCCAGCUGGGAGGAGGCCUCGGGGAAGACCCAGGAUUAGGUGGAGAGAUUACAUCUCCACACUGGCCUGGGAACGCCUCGGGGGUCCCCCAGUCAGAGCCGGUUAAUGUGGCUCGGGAUAGGGAAGUUUGGGGCCCCCUGCUGGAGCAGCUGCCCCCGCGACCCGACUUCGGAUAAGCGGUGGAAGAUGGAUGGAUGGAUAAUUACAUGGUGUGCCAAUUGAUUAAUCGGAUUAAUCACAUACAAAUAUUUACUGAGAAAACCCUUCAAAUAACAAUAAUUCAGUACAAUAUAUAUAUAUAAUAGGGUUGUCAAUCGAUUACAUUUUUAAAUAAAAAAAAAUGUAUAUAUAUAUAUUUUAUUAAAACAUUUAAUCGAUUGACAGUCCUAAUAUAUAUAUAUAUAUAUAUAUAUGUAUAUACACGCAAGAACACGUCCUCGUGUUGUGUUGUCUGCUGCUGGUUUGUUCUCUGUAUAAGCUGCUCGUUGCCUAUACAGCUGAAGUUUCACUUACUGCCCCCUGGAGGAAGCAGGUGGUAAUACAAGUUCGAAUUGCUCAGUAAUCUUCCUUAUUACAGUCCGGGAACAUGAUUAAUUGCGUUCAUUCUGUCAUCACGUUAUUUUUUAUAUAAUUAAUCCCACUAAAUUAACAUGUUAAAUCGACAGCCCUUGUUAAAAUGCAUAAACUAUAAUGCAUAGCCACAAGAUGUAAACAUUACAUGAGCUACAUGAUUUUAGCGUGAUAAAAUUACUUACAAUCUUUAGUGUAAAAUUGUAUCAAACCUCUUUGCCAUGAUGAUGCAAUGCCUGUAAACACUAUAAGCAAUUUCAUCACAGUAAAAUCACGUCAACACGCUUAUUGUUUAUUCUUGUGGCUAUACUUUUGAAACGGGGAGUAUUUUAAUGUUUCAGACUGGCCUCAUUCACUUCCUUUCUAAGUGACUACAGUAACCUGAAUUUUUUCAUUUGUAAAUUUUGUUUUUAGUAUUUUGAUUACUAUUUUUUGUUUGUUUAGUUUGCUUAAAAAAUUACAAAAAAUACAGUUUUUAUGCCGUUGUUGCAACAGAUUUCCCUCAAUCCUUAAUGGCUAUUUUUUUUAAUAAAGAACACAAGAAUUAAAUCGAGGAUCAUCUGCAGUUUUACCUUGAAAGUACCGUUAAAAUUAUAUUUUUUGGUUUAUUAUUUAUAAUGAACAUUGUGUAUCCGGCUGUAUUGUAUUCUCCAGCUUUGCCUUUUUUCUGUUACUGUAACUGCAGCCGUUGGGAACUUUAUUGCAAUGCAAAAUACAGUAAACGUUUGUUUGCAACAUAUGUUGAAUUUUCAACACCAUGCUAGCGGAACGCAUUCAAUGCAUAGGAUGUGUUUGUUUCUGUGGUAACACUUUACAAUAAGGUUGUAUACGUCAACAUUAGUUAUCAAUGUGCGAUACUGUUACAGCAGUUUUUAAUCUUGGCUAAUGUUCAUUUCGAUAAACAACAAAACAUUUUAAUGUUAAAGUUUCAACUUUAAUGUAAAGUUGACAUUAGUUGGUGCUUUAAAAUCAAAAAUUAACUUAUAAAGAAAUGAAGUUUAUUUAUAAAUGAACAUUAAAUGCGGACAAAAUUUUAAGUUUAUUGUUAGUGAGCAAUACUUUUCUAUCAUUUAUUCAUCUUUGCUCAUGUUAAUUA